AUGGAGCGACGCGGGACCGUCGUGGUCGACAACGAGACCAUGAGCUCAUCUACCCGCAUCACCACCGACGGCCGCACUCUGACCUACCAGAUGACGGUCUUGCAACAGCCGCUGCGGGCGCGAGCAUGCGGCCAAGGCGCAAAAUGUGAGCCAUUUCUCCUCCAUCGUAGUACUACCCUCACGCCCCAUCCUGACUUUCCCCUCCAGCUUCUGCCGACCGCCGUCCCGUGGACCCUCCCCCGAUCGUCGAACUCCGCAUCUUUCAAGGGGAGAAUCGCGAAGAGGACAUCACCUUUUCCAUGAACGCCAAUUACUUUUUGUUUGCCACGCUGGAGAACGCCCGUCAUAUCGCCCAAGGCCGUGUUCCCCAGGAUCGAAGUACUCCCCCCGUGCUGACUGGUACUCCCGUUGCCGGAAUGGUGUAUCUAGACAGGCCGAAACCAGCUGGUUACUUCAUCUUUCCGGAUCUUUCCGUCAGGCACGAGGGCAAGUACAGACUGAGCUUCAGUCUAUAUGAGGAGCUCAAGGUGGCCAAGGACGACGACAAGCCGGAAGAUGGCGUCGCGCAGAAUCCCGCCGGAGAUCCCCAUGUCACGCAUCGCCUGGAAGUGAAAUCGGAGCCCUUCAUGGUCUUCAGCGCGAAGAAGUUCCCAGGCCUGACGGAGAGCACUUCCCUCAGCCGCAUGGUUGCCGAACAAGGAUGUCGUGUGCGUAUCCGGCGUGACGUGCGGAUGAGACGGAGGGAGCCCAAGACCGGAAGCAAAGACUGGGACGAUUAUGAGGACGAGACUGCUGCAGCGCGCGCAAGAGCAUCCGCAACGCCAGAUUCGAGCAUGUAUCCGCCUCAGAUGGUCCAGCCCGGAGGAUACAUGGAGCCAAUUCCCCGCCCACGGUCCGCCAGCAAUGCUAGUCACCAGUCCCUCGGGUCUCUAUCUCGCAGACCGUCCGUGCAGGAGAUGGGUCCGGCUUACCAUCAGCCUCACUAUGGGACCGCACCGCACACCCCUCAGAGUACCAGCUAUUCCCAGACGUCACCCUACGGGCAACCCCAGAGCCAACCCUACCAGUCAGCCUCGUUUGUACAACAGCAACCUUCCAUGCAGCCUCCGCCUCCACAGUACCAGUCUCAGGGUUAUCCGGCACCACCGCCGCCGCCUCCAGUCCCCCAGGCACCUGCCCAACAGUACUCUUACGGCUACCAGCCAGCACCGGCUCCAUCACAACAACCCCCAUACAGUGCUCCCCAUUCAUAUGACUCGGCACAACCUCGGACAAGCGUGGACUAUUCCUCUCACAUACCGACGGACUACCGACGUGGCUCGGUACAGAUUCCGCCGCCCCCACCGCCGCCUCACGUCGGCUACUCUCCAGCACCACCUCAACCGAGCUACCCUGCUGCCACGCAACAGCAAUACCAGCAGCCACCGCAGGUUCCUCCGCCUUCGUACUCUUCGACGGACUUCUCCAAAUCUCGUCCGGCGCCAAUGGAGCCGCCUCGAACGGCGGGUGCGAACACACCCAUGUCGGCCGGCAAGGCUUUCGGCUUGCCACCUAUCAACACGACAGUCAUGCCAAGCAACAAGCUCGAGGCCUCGUCGCCGCUCUCUGCGGCUCCGCAGAACCAAUACUUUGGCAGCACAUCUCUGGACACACAUAAGCGCAGCUAUGGUAACGUCUUCAGCGACAAGCAUCAGAAAGGACCUCUGCGACAAGGCGCACGACCCAGCAUCGCAUACGGUCAACCAGAGGGCGGCCACGGUUCCAGCAUGUCGGCUGUGGACGAGGAUGACAACGUGGGCGGUGAUCUCGAUCCACAGACUCUGGGCAUGGCUUAUCGACGUGCCGACGGACGACAAAUCAAGCGCGCGUUGCCAAUGCAGCACGUCUAG